GUAUCUCCAGUAAUCUGUAAAUUCAAAGAAAACAUUGUAAUCUCCAGGAUUCUUGUUAAUGUAGAAACCACAUUUCUGUCCAAGUCAUUUCCUGGAACCCCUUUCUGUUAUUGUUUGGAGCACAGAGGGACUGCUGGGCUGGAUGGCGUCCAGACCGACAUGGAAAUGCUCUAUCCCAAGACAGUUGUACACGUGGGCAGGAUGACUUUUGGAGAAGAGAGCAGGAAGAAGAUGGCCAGUAGCUAUCUGAAAAGAAUGGAGAAUGCGAAAAUCAUCCAAGCUACCUGUGCGCUGUUAAAUUCUGGAGGGGGUGUGAUCAAAGCAGAGAUUGAUGAUAAAACCUACAGUUAACGAUGCCAUGGGCUGGGGCAGGACCUGGAAACUUCUUUUCAGAAGCUCCUUCCUUCAGGUUCACAGAAAUACCUUGACUACAUGCAGCAGGGGCACAAUCUCCUGAUUUUUGUAAAGUCCUGGAGCCCAGAUGUCUCCAGCCUCCCCCUAAGGAUUUGCAGCUUGCGUUCCAAUCUCUACCAGAGAGCUGUGACUUCCACUGUCAACCUGAGCGCCAGCAGUGCCUUGGAGCUUCUCAGAGAGAAGCAGUCUAGAGCCCAAAGAAGAAGAUCAAGGGUGAAGGAGUGGAGUUCUCAGAAAGUUCCUUAUGGAUACAUUCAGGAAGAGGAAGAUAGGAGGGUGUCUGCCUCAGAACUGUUUCAAAAGGACAGGCUCCUGUAUAAGGAGAGACUCAAUGUUACGGAGUCAACACGUGUGGAGCUUAAAAGGUUCACCACCAGAAAGAUUGUCCCUCGGAUUAAAGAAAUGCUGCCUCAUUACGUUUCUGCGUUGGCCAACACCCUCGGGGGAUACCUAAUUAUUGGAGUAGAUGAUAAGAACAAAGAAGUGUUUGGCUGUCAGAGAGAAAAAGUGAACCCUGACUUACUAAAAAGGGAAAUAGAAAGCUGUGUAGAAAAAUUGCCAACCUUCCACUUCUGCUGUGAGAAGCCAAAGGUGCAUUUCACAACCAAAACCUUGAAUGUGUACCAAAACGAUGUCCUGUACGGCUAUGUCUAUGUGGUUCACAUGGGGCCCUUCUGCUGUGUAGUAUUCACAGAGGCCCCGGAUUCCUGGAUCAUGAGGGACAAUUCUGUCACAAGGCUGACGGUGGAGCACUGGGUGGCCAUGAUGCUGGAUAUUCAGUCAGCAAUUUCCAGUCUGGCCACUGACUACAGCUUUCACCUGAGUUCACCAGCUCCAUCAGCCCUAGGAAGCCCAUCAUCUCCCAAAAAAGUCCUGGAAUUUAAGAGACCUCUACAACAAUGUCUGUUUCCAGUGACACAGGAAGAGAUACAGUUUAAACCAGUAUCCCUCUGUAAGAAACUCUUCUCAGAUCAUAAAGCACUCAAGGAAUUAAUGAAGACACAGAUAUAUCCUUGUUCUCAGGGGAUUGUGAUAUUUUCUAGAAGCUGGGCCAGUGAUGUUGGCUUAAGGAAAGACCGGGAUGUCCUGUGCGACGCUCUUCUAAUAGCAGUUAACAGUCCCCUGGUACUCUAUACGAUCUUAAUACGCCCCGGUUGGAUUGGAGGGCUUGAAUAUGGCCGAAACACUGUUCAUCAGUUAAAGCAGAAACUGGGAACCGUUGGUAGUUACACAGGGAAAGUGUGUGCUAUCCCAAGGUUGAUGCACCUGUCCAGCACACAGUGCAGCCCCAAUGAAAUCCCUGUUCACUACCCCCAGUCCUACAGGCUUGCUGCCAAGGAUGAAAUGGAAGACUUGUUGCCAGCCUUUAUCAUAGUCUCACUGUGUUAAUCUCUUCUGAGUGACCAGCUGGGCUGUGAAUUUUUCAACUUGCUCAUAGAGGAGCAAUGUGAGUUGCUUUCAGAAAGCCUUCAGGAGCCGUGAGAAUUGUUUAUACACUGCCUUCCAGGAACCAGGAAGACAGCCCUAGCCAUAAAGAUCGUGGAGAAAAUUAAGCAUUUGUUGCACUGCAAACCAAAAGAGAUCCUUUAUGUUUGUGAAAGUGACUCUUUAAAGGAUUAUGUGAUCCAACAAACCACCUGCAGAGUUGUGACUCAGAAAACCUUCUUACAAGGGGAGUUCCUAGAGGUUAAACACAUAGUGAUGGAUGAGACUGAGAAUUUCUGCAGUAAAUAUGGAGACUAGUACUUGAAGGCCAGGAGCAUCACCCUUCCAAAGGUGAGGGGAGCUGGGAGUGAAAACCUUCAUCAUGGGAUUCUCUGGGUUUUUCUGGACCCUUUCCAAGUCCAUCAUGCAGAUAUUAAUGGCCUCCCCCCUUCAUCUGCUCAGUUUCCUCGAAAAACAAUCACCAAUGGGAUCCACUGUGCUCUGGAAAUAGCAACGGUCACGAAAGAAGAAAUGAGAAGGAUCAGAGCAAAUCUGCCCUCUGGCAGGUCCCCAGACACACUGCCAUUGUUCAGGGAAACUGCCUACAAGGAAGCAGUAUGUGCCCAGGGUCUGCCUGGGGUGGAUGACACAGAGACUGGCCUCACUAUGGAACAAAUUGUGAAACACGUGGCGGAAAGGUGUCACCACCUGUUCCAAUGUGGCUACCUGCCCAAAGACAUAGCUGUUCUGUGCAGGAAAAGGGAGGACAGAGGACGCUAUGAGCCUGCACUGCUAAAAGCAGUGGAAUUAUUUGUAACCCCUGGAGCAACGAAGGUUGUGUUCAGCCAGGCCUCCGGUGUUUGGGGCAGUCACAUCAUCUUAGACCGUAUUCAACAGUUUUCAGGCCUGGAGAGGAAGAUUGCGUUUGGGCUGAGUCCAGAAUGUGCACUGUCAGAAGAAGCACAUGAGCUCCGUUUUGCCUCAUGAGCCAUUAAACACCUCUACGUGCUUUAUGAAAAGAGGGCAGCUUUUUGAAAAUUAUUUUAACAAUACAGGUGCCAGAAAGAGCAGAGUCUCUUCUCUGGGGGAGGUGGCAGCUACUCCUUCUCACAUAUUGCAAGUGAGAAAGUCAAGGCACAGUAAGUACCGUGUGGAGCCAAGAAAUGUCUCUUGGGAGUGACCUUUCACUCUGUAUGCUGUUACUGUCCUUUUCCUCCUCCUAUACACUAUGGCAGACUGAUGAUUGGUCCCCUGCCUCUGGUUUUCCUAUCCAGUCCAUCUUUCAGGCACCAGCGGUUCUCCUUAAAUGGGGAACUAACUGUGUGGCAUUCCCUGCCAAUGUAUCUGUAGGGAGGCCCUGCAGGCUAGAAGCCAAACCAAUUCUCAAGGCUUUCCAUGACACACCCUGACUUCCUCUCCUAAUGCGUCCUUUGUUAUACCUCCUCUCCCAAGGCGUCUAAGGCAGCCCAGCCUUGCUGACCCAUUUUGGGAGUGGGAGGGAGGAUGCCCCCCAGGCUACUUACUUUAACCGGGUAUCUCAGGGGCAGCACCUUAUUGAGUACCUCAUACUGGCUAUGGGUCUCGAGCUUCAUGGGCCCACAACUUGAUUUCCUCUUUGCACUAAGCAUGGAUUGGUCUCUUGGAGAUGGUUUGAUGCCAGUCAAGCUCACAAAAGACCAACACACACAUGAAAAUGUCACCCUGUCAGUUUAUAGUGAGUACUGUAGUAGUAAGUGGGCCAGAUGCUUUUGCUAAUCCAUAUAUUCAAUGGCAACAUUGGAAGCCAAAUUAUGAGCAUAGCUUUGCAGCAAUGGGGAUCCCAUUCAAAUGUGUGAAGAGUCUAGGCAAUAUUCGACUAGUGCAGUCAUCUCUAAAAUAGGGAUAUUUCCACGACAAGGACUCAGACAGGUCAGGUUUACAAAAUAAAGCAAAUUUAUUUUUCUUCUCUCCUAGUUUCCAAAGUUUUCAGGUUGACCACCAACCCUCCCCUUACUCCUCCCAACACACACACACACACACACACACACACACACAGAUUGCUCAUGUUCAUCCUCUACCUGUUCAUAUGUUCACCUAGGCUCAAAACUGCUUAUCCUCUGCUGCUGGCCUGGGAAAUGGUCUGUCUGUAAGAGGCCUUUGCACAUCCCUGAGCUCUUCCAUUAUGAUUUGGUGUUAAUUUUAAUCAACAGGGAGCCUGGAUGGCAACUCUACCACCCAUGCCAUCCCUACCCACUCCUGGCUUCUGGCUGUGCUUCUCUUCUCUGCCUUCAAAGCCUUGUCUGCCCCUCUACCUGCUGAAAUCCUAGCUUGUCGAUCAAGUCUUUGUUCAAAAGGCCAACUCCUCAAAUUAAACGUUCGCCAUCCCCCUGACCUAAAUUUGGUCUCUCCUUUUGCAGCCAUUCUCUAGCUUAAAAACUUUUUGAGGAUAGUGCCAAAGUCAUUCUAAACUGUGCCAGAGAAGUAGCUGUCAGCAUAACAAGAUCUACGUAAUACUCUCCUAUCAUGUUUUCUUUCCACUGUAUGUGAAGUAGAAAUAAAACACAGUUCCCUUUCUCUGGUCAGCUCCCCAAACAGCUAAGCCAAUGCCGUGCUCUUCAAUGCAAACUUGCUUUCCUGUUUGUAAGGAUUUUUAAGUUGCUUUGGAAAUAUUCCAGCUUCCAGAUUGCUUUUCAACUUUUAUUUGUGUUUGAGAGGCAGAGAGAGACAGAGCAUGAGCUGGGGAGGGGCAGAGAGAGAGGGAGACACAGAAUCUGAAUCAGGCUGUCAGCAGAGCCUGAUGCAGGGCUGGAACCCACAAACAGUGAGAUUGUAACCUGAGCUGAAGUUGGACGCUUAACCGACUGAGACACCCAGGUGCCCCUCCAGAUUGCUUUUAAUUUCUAGAAAGGUUUCAGAAAACUUUAUUGAUGCUGGGCAGGCAUGAAUGCAAAAGAAAGUGUGGAAAUAUUCCUUUGGCUAUAAUUUCACAUAAAGCCCAUCACCUUUCCAAGAGAUGGGAGAGGAUCAGACAGGCCAGUCUGAAACCUAAUGGUCAGCUUUACUGACCAUGGACUGAACAGAAGAACUUCUCCCCUCCCUGCCUCUUCCUGCUUCUGUUACUUGACAUUUCCUCCCUUUUACCGUUUCUUGGGGAUAUUUGGGUACUUUGGGUGGGAGAAAUAAAGUUCAGCAAGUAAUUCUUUUCUGAUGAAGCAAAAGACACCACUGCAUUAACAUUUGGAUAAUGGGAGGUGUGUGAAUUCUCUAAAAUUAAUUUAAAGAGUCAAGUGAGGAGGGAUUAGGGGAAUGGAAAAAACAGGGAACUGCUAUAUUUUAGUCAUAAGCCUCAGUACGAUUUAACUUUUUAAACUGUAUGUAUACAUUAUAUAAUCUGAUAAAAUAAUUCAUUUUAAAAAUAAUUAUUUCAGGAGCACCUGGGUGGCUCAGUUGGUUAAGCAUCCGACUUUGGCUCAGGUCAUGAUCUUGCACUUCGUGAGUUCAAGCCCUGCACCCUUCUCUAUGCUGGCAGCUCGGAACCUGGAGCCUGCUUCAGAUUCUGUGUCUCCCUCUCUCUGUCCCUCCCUUGCUCACGCUCUGUCUCUCUCUCCAAAAUAAAUAUUAUAAACAAAACAAUACAAAUAAAAAUAAUUGUUUUAUAUAUUGAAUUUGAGAGUCUAUCAGUUCUUAGUCUACUUCAAUAACUCACUCUGGCUUAAAGUAGAAGGUCUAACUCAGUGGUUCUCAGCCCUGGCUACUCCUGAAAAUCGUUUGUACGGGGGCAAAGGGGCUUUAAAAUAUACCAGUGAUGAGGGCAAACACCCAAUUAAAUAAGCAUCUCUAGGCAUGGGCUUGAGCAUCGGUAUUUAUUAAAAGUCGUCCAGAUGAUUCUUAUAUGCCACCAGGGUUGAGAACUAUUGACCCCUUCUCCAAGUCUUUUCUUUCUGUCCUGAAAUAGAUGUAUACACCCUUCUCUUCCAAUCAGACUGGGAGCUCCUUGAGAGUAAGGAUGGUCACUUACAUAUCUUUAUUUCCCCAGAUGUAACUAGUGCACUUGCAUGGGUUUCAGAGUCAGACAUGACAAGGUUCAAAUUUCAGACUCAAGCACCCAAAUGUAAUCUGGGCGGCUUAACCGAAUUUUCUGUAUAAAAUGCAAAAAAACAACAGUAUAUCCCUCAGAUGGUUGUUGUAAAGAUUAAAUGCUUUGUUUCAUGUGCUUGGUACAAACCCAAGAGUCAACAGACAGUAGCUAUCGAACCCCCGCUAAAUUCUCAGAGCCAGGCACACGGUCAGAUGGUGAUUAGGUGAUUAUGAGAAAUUACUUUAUCAACAAUGUUACUUAACCCUUGGGAAGCUUAGUUUCUUCCUAGGGCUGAGGGGGUACUAGAAAUGCUUAUUGGGACAGGGUGUGACACAACACUUAGUAGCCUCUGUGAGCAGUGGCUAUUAAGACAUCCCCUGGGCUCUUGUGGGUUUUUCUCAGUGGAUACUUCUCAAGCAUGAUUUUUUGAAAUGCUGUGACUCUAAGCUAAUUUGUGUAUUGUAUUACUUUUCUCAAUCAGAUAACUACCCCUCUGCUUGCCACAUGUAGGCAAUAUCAUGAAGUAAUGACACUGGCCAGAUUUGGUACAAAUUGGGUUUUUGUGACAAUCUAAUACUAAUUACUAAUACUAGUAAUUUCUAUGGCAAUCCACCAUGAAUAGUGAGCCAGUAGACUGUGGUAAUGAGAGAUAGGAAAUGGGAGUCUGGGGGGUGCCUGGGUGGCCCAGUCGGUUAAGCAUCCUACCCUCGAUUUCACCUGGGUUCAUUAUAUCACAGUUUGUGGGAAUGAGCCCUGCUUGGGCUCUGUGCUUGCAGUGACCAGCCUACUUGGGAUUCUCUCUCUCCACUGUUUGUCCCUGCCCUGCUCACGCUCUCUCUCUCUCUCUGAAAAUAAAUAAACUUAAAAAAAAAAAAAAAAAAAGAAGAAGAAAUGGGAGGGGCGCCUGUGUGGCUCAGUUGGUUGAGCAUCAGACCUCGGAUAGGGUCAUGAUAUCAAGGUUCCUGAGUUUGGGCCCCACCCCUGGCUCUGUGCUGACAGCUCAGAGCCUGGAGCCCUGCUUAGGAUUCUGUGUUUCCCUCUCUCUGACCCUCCCACACUCAUCCUCUGUAUCUCUCUCUCAAAAAUAAAUAAACAUUAAAUUUUUUUUAAAAAGGAAAUGGGAGUCUAGUAAAAGAAAAUUUCAUUAAAAAAAAAA